GUUUGCAGAAGAGCUGUGGAUGCGGAGGAAACUUGAGUGUGUGUGUGAGUGUGAGAGUGUGUGUGUGUGGAGCUGGAGAUAUCAGACACAAACACACUCCGACUGCUGAUAAUGCCGCUGAUUAAGAGCGGUGACGGAUGAGAAGCAGUGCGCGCGCUCGUCACACACCGCAGGUCGUCUGUGUAUUUUUUCCUCUGCUCUAGAUAAUCUUCAGUGUCUCCGCCAUGUUCGUGGCUCAGAUACUCCUGCUGGCGGUGGUGUGUGUGUCGCUCCGCGCUACUCCGACUCCCGAACCCCAGCUCUCUUCAUCAUCAUCAUCAUCAUCAUCAGACACUCCUCACUCCAGCAUCAGCAUCAGCACAGAUGAAGCCGAGCGUCUGAACGUGUCGACACACACACUGAGCACUGGAGAUCUGCUGACCAGCACUGCACACCCCAGCAGCAGCAGCGGAGACACCACCAGCACACCUGAGAGCUGGACCCACCAGCAGCACACAGAGUCAGUGAGCGCCGUGUCCUCUGAGGAUUUCGGCACUGAUGCCACCAUGUCCUCUGAGGAUCUUCCAUUGAUUUUUGAGCCGUUCGAGGAUGUGACGCCGGCCGGUGCGUCUGUCAGCACAUCCAUAAGCCCAGCAGAGCCCACAGAAGCUGAACACACUGCAUCUGACAGCCAGAGAUCCACAUCGGACCCGCCCGACACAACACUGGCAGGCGAUGAUGUCACACUGAGCUCAAUUACCCAUCAGAACCUGUCAGUGGUUCAGUUACCAGCAUCGAAACCAAAGUCCGCCAGCGAGUAUCAGGAGUCCAGAGAAGAGCCUGAUGAAGAUGAGGAGGAUGAGGAGCUGGACUCUGAGGAGGAGGAGGAGAGUGAAGAGGACCUGAGUGAAAGCACCAUCACACCCCACACGCGUCCCCCAUACAGCCUCAUUCCUCCACCUCCAGUGUGGGUGCAGCGGAACCAGGGCCUGGUGCGGAGCUGGGUGGAGCUGAUAAGAGAGAAGGCUGGUUAUGUGUCAGGAAUGCUGGCACCGGUGGGCAUUGGCAUCGCUGGAGCACUUCUGUUGGUUGGUGCACUCUACAGCAUCAGACUGAUCCACCGCAAGAGGAGAGAGAGCUUCAAACACCAGAGGAGGAAGCCGCCCAGAGAAGUGCAGAGCGGACCAGACAACACCAUGCUGCUGGCGGACAGCUCAGAGGAUGAGUUCUGAUGAGGAUGCACUGAUCCAGUGACUGCACACACACACACACACACUCAAACAGACUAACACAAACACUCUUUCACACACACACACACACACACACAUUGUAACUCAAACACACAAACAAACAUACUUGCUCAGUCACACAUGCGCUUACAGACAUACACACACACACAGUCUCUCUCACUCUAACACACACACACAGAGCUUAUACAGUAAGUGCUUUUAGAAAUGAAUCUCUUUUUCAGAAAUGCAAUAAUGAACUGUCUCUAUUUUCCUUUCUGCUUAAUAAAGAUUUGAACAUGCUCAAAAACAAACACACACCAUUAGUUGAGAAACAACUCAAAUGUUAGCCAAUAAACAUCCUGAAACAUCUGUCAGCCAAUCGGAAUCAAGCAAUAUUAUAGUAUAAACGCUUUCAUUGAUCAGCUGCUGAUCUAAGGACGUAUAAACUGAAGACACACUACACCCCAAUCUUAUAUGAAAUAUGAAAUUAGCACAGAUAAAGAAGAAUCUAACAAAAGAUCAGUUUAAAUGAGGCACUGCUGCAGCUUUGGGGGAUAGAUUCAUGAUUUAUUUAUCAAGAUUAACAUUUAGGCGUUACACACUUUACUGUAGGACUCAUUCCUGAAUUGCGGGUACAUUUCAAGCAUUUUCCAUAGAUUUUUCCUAAACUGAAAUGAUGUUCAACACAUUAGAAUUUACCAUAAACUGAUUAUUAACCAUUAAUAAUGUAAAAUAAUGCAAAGUACAUACACUACCUGACAGAAGUCAAGGAUUGCAGUUGUAAGAGCAACAAACAAUAACUCGAUGAAUGAUCUGUUGAACUGCAUCACAAUCAUCGCAAAUACUGCAGAAGACCUACUGGAACCCUCACAGAGCCAAGAUUCUCACAGGAAUCAGUCAAGUUUGGUGAUGGAGAAAUCAUGGUUUGGGAUUCCAUUCAGUAUGGGGGCGUGCGAGAGAUCUGCAGAGUGGAUGAUCAACAUCAACAGCCUGAGGUAUCAAGACAUUUGUGCUGCCCAUUACAUUACAAACCACAGGAGAGGGACAAUUCUCCAGCAGGAUAGCGCUCCUUCUCAUACUUCAGCCUCCACAUCAAAGCUCCUGAUAGCAAAGAAGGUCAAGCUGCUCCAGGAUUGGCCAGCCCAGUCACCAGACAUGAACAUUAUUGAGCAUGUCUGGGGUAAGAUGACGGAGGAGGUGUUGAACAUAUUGAAUCAAAUGUUCUACAU